ACACUGAGAAACUCUCAAUCUGAGCAGAUAUUUACCCAAUCAGGGAUUCAGGAAGAGAAGCAGAGAAAGAAAUGGAGAUAACACUGAACAGUGGCUUCAAGAUGCCGAUCGUCGGCUUAGGAGUAUGGAGAAUGGAGAAGGAAGGGAUUCGAGACCUUAUCCUCAAUGCCAUCAAGAUCGGCUAUCGCCAUCUCGACUGUGCUGCUGAUUAUAGGAAUGAGACCGAAGUUGGUGAUGCUCUUACAGAAGCAUUCAAGACUGGUCUGGUUAAGAGGGAGGAUCUCUUCAUUACAACCAAGCUAUGGAAUUCAGACCAUGGCCAUGUCAUUGAGGCCUGCAAAGACAGUCUCAAGAAACUUCAACUUGAUUACCUCGAUCUCUUCCUCGUUCAUUUUCCCGUAGCAACGAAACACACCGGAGUAGGGACAACCGAUAGUGCUUUGGGCGAUGACGGGGUAUUGGACAUAGACACGACCAUCUCUCUGGAAACUACAUGGCACGACAUGGAAAAGCUUGUUUCUAUGGGUUUAGUCCGCAGCAUUGGAAUCAGUAACUAUGAUGUCUUUCUAACGAGAGAUUGCUUGGCUUACUCCAAGAUCAAACCUGCUGUGAAUCAGAUCGAGACACAUCCUUACUUCCAACGUGAUUCUCUUGUCAAAUUCUGCCAGAAACAUGGUAUCUGUGUCACUGCUCAUACUCCUCUCGGAGGUGCCACAGCCAAUGCCGAGUGGUUUGGCACCGUGUCAUGCCUGGAUGAUCCAGUUCUCAAAGUAAGCCCCAUCCUCUAAACCUUAAAAGUUUGGAUUGAACCUUUGACAAUUAAAAAAGGACUGCGUUUAUCUGAAUUCUUAGGAUGUGGCCGAGAAGUACAAAAAGACAGUGGCACAAGUUGUCCUGAGGUGGGGAAUCCAGAGAAAAACGGUGGUGAUACCAAAGACAUCAAAGCCUGCGAGAUUGGAAGAGAACUUUCAGGUUUUCGACUUCGAACUAUCGAAAGAGGACAUGGAAGUGAUCAAAAGCAUGGAGAGGAAAUACCGCACGAACCAACCAGCCAAGUUUUGGAACAUUGAUCUCUACGCUUGAUCACACUCUCUCUAUCUACAUGAAUAAAUGAAGCUUAAGAAGAUAAACAACGAGAAGAAGCCAUAGCUUUACCUGAAACAUUCUCAAAUGUUUGUGAGCCUAUCUUUCAUACAUAAACUCAUGUUGUUAAACAGAUUAUGAUUUCUUAAGUACUACAAUAUCACACAUUGAUGGAAAGUGAUAUAGAUUUCUCUCUUCUCUAUUUAUAUGCUUAAAUCCACAAUGAA